CCCCAACUUCAACAAAAGAUGACUUUUGCUUCACUUCAACAUCCUUCAGAAGUGAAGCAGGUGGCUGCCCGGCCUUUUGGCCUGGUGAAAAAUAGUCUGGGGCAAUAAUGUUCUGCAGUAAAAAGAAACCACUUGAAGUGGAACGGAUAGUGAAAGCCAAUGACCGUGAAUACAAUGAAAAGUUCCAGUACACAGAUAAUCGCAUUCAUACAUCAAAGUACAACAUUAUCACCUUCUUGCCAAUUAAUUUAUUUGAACAGUUCCAAAGAGUGGCAAAUGCCUAUUUCCUUUUCCUUCUGAUUUUACAGCUGAUUCCAGAAAUCUCUUCCUUGACCUGGUUUACGACCAUUGUGCCUUUGGUCCUGGUGGUAACGAUGACAGCCGUCAAAGAUGCCACAGAUGACUAUUUUCGUCACAAGAGUGAUAAUCAAGUGAAUAAUCGACAGUCUGAAGUGCUCAUCGAUGGCAAGUUGCAGGGUGAAAAAUGGAUGAAUGUGAAAGUGGGAGACAUCAUUAAAUUAGAAAAUAACCAAUUUGUUGCUGCUGAUUUACUUCUCCUAUCAAGCAGUGAGCCACAUGGACUCUGCUACAUUGAAACUGCUGAACUUGAUGGGGAGACGAACCUCAAAGUCCGCCAUGCGUUAUCAGUUACUUCAGAACUAGGAGCAGAUAUGAGCCGGCUUGCAGAGUUUGAUGGGACUGUUGUUUGUGAGGCACCGAACAACAAAUUAGAUAAAUUCACAGGCACCCUCUCUUGGAAAGACAGCAAGUAUUCCCUCAACAACGAGAAGAUAAUCCUAAGAGGCUGUGUCCUGAGAAACACCAGUUGGUGUUUUGGAAUGGUUAUUUUUGCAGGUCCUGACACUAAACUAAUGCAGAACAGUGGGAAGACUAAAUUUAAAAGGACAAGCAUUGAUAGACUGAUGAAUACUCUUGUGCUGUGGAUUUUUGGGUUUCUGGUAUGCUUGGGAAUUAUUCUUGCAAUAGGAAAUUCAAUCUGGGAGCACCAAGUUGGGGACCAGUUCAGAACUUUCCUCUUUCGGAAUGAACAAAAGAACAACGCUGUGUUCUCAGGAUUCUUAACAUUCUGGUCCUAUAUAAUCAUUCUCAACACAGUCGUACCCAUCUCUUUAUACAGCCAGGAAGGGAGUUGUUCACAGAGGAAACAAUUUCUUUUAUUUUCAUUUUCAAUUUUUGUUUUGGCAGGUGAAAUACACGAUGGCCCAGGUCAGAAGACAGAAAUUACUAAGAAAAAAGAUCCUGUGGACUUCUCCUUCAACCCCCUAGCAGACAAAUCAUUUCAGUUCUUUGACCAUAGUCUGAUUGAAUCUAUCAAGCUGGGUGACCCCAAAGUGCACGAGUUUCUGAGAUUACUUGCUCUUUGUCACACCGUAAUGUCCGAGGAAAAUGGUACAGGCCAGCUGGUUUACCAAGUUCAAUCACCCGAUGAAGGGGCUCUAGUGACCGCUGCAAGAAAUUUUGGAUUCAUUUUUAAAUCUCGAACUCCGGAGACUAUAACAGUUGAAGAACUGGGAACAAUUGUUACUUACCAAUUGCUUGCUUUUUUGGAUUUCAACAAUAUCAGAAAAAGAAUGUCUGUUAUAGUUCGAAACCCUGCCGGGCAGAUAAAGCUGUACUCCAAAGGAGCAGAUACUAUUUUGUUUGAGAAACUUCAUCCCUGCAACGAAGCCCUUCUCUCUUUGACGUCAGACCAUCUCAGUGAAUUUGCUGGGGAGGGCCUUCGAACCUUGGCGAUUGCAUACAGAGACCUGGAUGACAAGUACUUUCAAGAGUGGCAUAAAAUGCUGGAAGAUGCAAGUUCUGCCUUAGAUGAACGAGAUGAACGGAUAGCUGGACUGUAUGAAGAAAUUGAAAGAGAUUUGAUGUUACUAGGUGCCACAGCUAUCGAAGAUAAGCUGCAGGAAGGUGUUAUCGAAACGAUUACAAGUUUAUCACUGGCCAAUAUUAAGAUCUGGGUCCUAACAGGAGACAAAGAAGAAACUGCCAUCAACAUUGGUUAUGCCUGCAACAUGCUGACUGAUGACAUGAAUGAAGUGUUUGUCCUGGCAGGGAACACCGUCGUUGAAGUCAAAGAAGAACUCAGGAAAGCAAAGGAAACUUUGUUUGGACAAGUCAGACGUUUUUCCGAUGGCCAUGCCACCUGUGAAAAAGAGCAGCAGCUGCCGCUGGACUCAAUGGUUGACGAAACCGUAACAGGAGAUUAUGGCUUAAUCAUAAAUGGCCACAGCUUGGCUUAUGCCCUAGAAAGUGAUGUCAAGAAUGAUCUCCUGGAACUUGCCUGCAUGUGUAAGACUGUGGUUUGCUGCCGCGUCACCCCGCUCCAGAAAGCCCAAGUAGUAGAGCUGGUAAAGAAGCACAGAAACGCUGUCACUUUGGCCAUUGGCGAUGGAGCCAAUGAUGUCAGCAUGAUCAAAAGUGCCCACAUUGGCAUUGGCAUCAGUGGCCAGGAAGGACUGCAGGCAGUCUUGGCCAGCGACUAUUCAUUUGCACAGUUUCGAUACCUCCAACGGCUUCUCCUUGUUCAUGGAAGGUGGUCCUACUUCCGAAUGUGCAAAUUCUUAUGCUAUUUCUUCUAUAAGAAUUUUGCAUUCACACUUGUGCAUUUCUGGUUUGGUUUCUUCUGUGGUUUCUCAGCCCAGACUGUGUACGACCAGUGGUUCAUCACUCUUUUCAACAUUGUCUACACGUCGCUGCCCGUUUUAGCCAUGGGGAUUUUUGACCAGGACGUGAGUGACCAGAGCAGUAUGGACUGUCCCCAACUCUACGAACCUGGACAGCUCAAUCAACUCUUCAACAAACGUAAAUUUUUCAUCUGUAUGGCACAUGGAAUCUACACGUCACUAGCCCUUUUCUUCAUCCCUUACGGGGCCCUUUACAAUGGCGUCGGAGAAGACGGGCAGCACCUGGCAGACUACCAGUCUUUUGCAGUUACCAUGGCUACAUCUCUGGUCCUUGUGGUCAGCGUGCAGAUAACCUUGGAUACCAGUUAUUGGACUGCCAUCAAUCAUGUCUUCGUCUGGGGCAGCCUUGCUACUUACUUCUCCAUUUUAUUUGCUAUGCACAGUAAUGGCAUCUUCGGCAUCUUCCCAAACCAGUUUCCGUUUGUUGGAAAUGCAAGGCACUCGUUGACUCAGAAACGCAUCUGGCUCAUCAUUCUCCUCACGACGGUGGCAUCAGUUAUACCCGUGGUGGCAUUCAGACUUCUGAAAGCAAGUUUAUACCCAACCCUGAGUGAUCAGAUCCGCCAGUGGCAGAAAGCUCAAAAGAAAGCGAGGCCUUUAAGGCGUCGAAGACCUCAGACCCGCAGGUCAAGUUCAAGAAGAUCCGGCUAUGCUUUUGCUCACCAAGAGGGCUACGGAGAGCUGAUAACAUCUGGAAAAAAUAUGCGUGCGAAAAACCCACCCCCGACAUCAGGGUUGGAAAAGACCCUGUAUAAUAGCACUAGCUGGAUUGAAAAUUUAUGUAAGAAAACCACAGACGCAGUGAACAGCUUAAGCCAGGAUGAAACAGGGAAACUUUGAGUCAAGAUGGAUUUGAACCACAGCGUUAUCUUUGCACCUCAGCUGGAGCUGAGGUGCCGCUGGCUCCAGAGUUUGCAAUUGGGGCUAGGGUGGGGCCGAUGAAAUCGCUUAGCUUAAAUCUUGGCUGACUGCUUUGAUGGUCUCCAUCAAGAAGGGGUGAGUCUGCAAGGAAACCAAGCCACAGUCUCCAUCGAGUUCUUCAUUUGGUGGACAAAACCUUCAUAAUGGAAGUACAGAUUUUUAUCCUUCUAGAUACCAAGUGAUCCUCAACUUUAAAAAUCUAAUUUUUGGAGAAAAAGCCCUGUAAAUCUUCAUAUAUGCACUCAGUGGAUCCUCAGGUGCCUUCUAAAGGCAUAUACUAUCUCAACUGAUAAUCAUACGUAUUGGCCGAUAAACACGUAUUUGCAAGAACAACCUUUCCCAAGAUAAUGUUUUCAAGAUCUUCAAUGUCGAUGAAAGUGUUUGGGGACUAGACGUAGCUCCUCCUGCCCGUCUUGUGGUCUCCUUGUCCUGUCAGUCAGGACCACCAAUCACCUUCAUGCCUGAAGAAGACAGAAGCGUGUUGUUGGUCCUCGACUUUCCAUUGGUAGAUGUCUGGGAAAAGUGUAAAUGGAGAAUCUUUCCAUUAGUGGAUGCUGGUCAUUUGGUCAAAUGUAUCCCCCAAAGUUCUCAUGUUCUCUUGUAGAGACAUCGGCACAGAAUGUCCAGGAGGAGGUCUCUAAUACGGGUUCUACAUCCUUCGGAAGGACGUCUGUAACAGCCUGGGCAAUACUUGCUCAGCAUCAGCCAGAGCCAGGGAGUGACACUGCAAAGCCUUGGGAAUCUCACACUUUACUGAUAGCAUGCCAUACCGUUCAACAUUUCCAGUGUUUCAAAGUGAAGAUUUGAAACCAAAAACAAAUGAAAACUUAAGUGUUCCCCAAAUUAAAUGACUCUUCAAGGACUCAUGUUUAGGGCAUUGAUUCUUAUUUGCCUUUGAAACAUAACUGUCAGGCAAACUUAUCAAUAUGUGUGUAAAUGAGGUUGGGCCUUUGGAGAGGAUCCUGACUGUGUAGUGCCCACAUGACUCACCCGUGCACUUCCAGUGAAAGGAUUGCGGGAGGUUUGUGUUCAAGCCCCAGCGCUGUCACUUAUGACCUCUGUAACCUUGGACGGGCCUGGCACCUUCUUGCAGUCUUUAAUUUGUCCUCCGUAAAUGAGGAUAUACUACCUACCUCAUGUGAUUGUCUGAGAAUUGUCAAAGCACAAGCUCCAAUCGUUAAAAUUAUGAUCCUCAUAGGAAUUGAUACUAAGUUUCAGUUUACUCAUCAUCAGCAUAAAUGAGUCAUUUGAAUACAAAGAGCUGGAAUUUAAGUCACGAAGAAGGCCGUGAUAAAAGGUGAGUGCUAAGUAAGAUAUUAAACUGGUUAGUGUUCUACAGGGAAAAAAACAAAACCAAAAAAUCCAACCCUAUAACCUUUGGGGGUGAUUUUCUCCAUGGGAAAAUAAAAAUAUUUUUAUCAGUUUUCUACAAGUCAAUUUUCCACUCUGCAGGAUCCCUGAUCCGGUCCCUCUUACAUUACUAGUCAAUGCUGCAUUGCCCAGGAAAGUCAGACAACCCUAGACUGGGCUUGGUAAAUGAUGAGCUAACAAGAUACUAAGGGAUUACUGCAUUUUCCUUAUUUCUGAGUUUGGGAUAAUUUUUCCUGAAUGGAAUGAAGGGAAAUAUAUGUGAAAAAGAGCCUAGCACAGUGCUUGAAUCAUAGUAAACAGUCCCAGGUAGUUCCUAUCCCUACACCCCUUCCUGGAAUUGCCCCAUAUGUUAGGGUUUCAUGUCUGAUUUGCCAUUAGUUUCACUGUGUUUACUUGCUUUUUGUAACACGUUUCAAAGAUCUGAAAA